UCGGCCUGGCUGCUGCCUCGCUAGGGCUCGGGGGAAACUUCCUGAUUGUUGUUCCCGUGAGUGACCCGCAGGGCGAAGCCCCGGCCCGCGCCAGAGGUGCCGCCGCAGCUGGACGGAACGCGGGGAGCAGCCGCCGCCGCCGGAGGAAGGAAAAAGCUACAUGACUUGCUGAAGGGAGAGAAAAUGUUAUGUUGGGGAUGUUGGUCUUUUGGCCAGCCUGGGAUAGGUAGCAAUCUCCAAGCAAUCAUCCCUGAGCCACAGGUGUAUGGAUUCAUUCACGACCGAAACAUCAAGGAGGUGGCUUGUGGAGGAAACCAUUCUGUUUUCUUACUGGAGAAUGGAGAAGUUUACACCUGUGGCUUGAACACCAAAGGACAGCUAGGCCAUCAGAGAGAGGGAAGCAAGCCAGAGCAAAUUGGAGCAUUGGCAGAUCAGCACAUAGUCCAUGUUGCCUGCGGGGAGUCUCACAGUGUGGCACUCAGUGAGCACGGCCAGCUCUUUGCCUGGGGCGCAGGUAGUGAUGGACAGCUCGGGAUCACGACUAGAGAAGAUUCUGUGGCAGUACCAAGGUUAAUAAAGAAACUGAACCAACAGACGAUACUGCAGGUUUCCUGUGGCAAUUGGCAUUGCCUAGCUCUCGCGGCAGACGGCCAGUUCUUCACAUGGGGACAGAACAACUAUGGCCAGCUGGGCCUGGGUAAAGAAUGCCCCUCUCAAACCAGCCCGCAGCGCAUCACAUCUCUCGAUGGGAUCCCCUUGGCUCAGGUUGCUGCUGGCGGAGCUCACAGCUUUGCCCUGUCUCUCUCCGGAGCUGUGUUUGGCUGGGGGAGGAACAACUCAGGACAGCUGGGCUUAAGUGACGAGCAAGACCGAGAGUCCCCUUGCCACGUGAAGCUCUUACGGACUCAGAAGGUCGUCUAUAUCAGCUGUGGAGAAGAACAUACAGCAGUUCUGACAAAGAGUGGAGGCGUGUUCACGUUUGGUGCUGGUUCCUGCGGGCAGCUUGGCCACGAUUCCAUGAAUGAUGAGGUUAACCCCCGGAGGGUUCUGGAGCUAAUGGGCAGCGAAGUGUCCCAGAUCGCUUGUGGCAGACAGCACACUCUAGCCCUUGUGCCUUCUUCAGGACUGAUCUAUGCAUUCGGCUGCGGAACAAAAGGCCAGCUGGGAACUGGACACAUAUGCAAUGUUAAAUGCCCAUCUCCAGUGAAAGGUCACUGGGUGGCUCAUAAUGGGCAGCUCGCAGGUAGAGCUGAUGCCUUUAAAUAUCACAUUGUUAAACACAUCUUCUGUGGAGGAGACCGGACUUUUGUACUUUGCUCCAAAUCUGAGAAUUCCUUGCCUGCUGAUGAUUUCCGGACCAUAAAUCAAUUACGUUACACUUGUUUAAUAAAUGAUGAAACUAUAGACGUUUGGAAACAAAAGCUAUUAGAACGGAACAACUCUAAUUCCGUCAACAGUGAAGUUGUGCAGAUAUUGUCGUCGGCUGCCUGUUGGAAUGGAAGCUUCCUGGAGAAGAAGAUCGAUGAACAUUUUAAAACCAGCCCCAAAAUCCCAGGAAUUGACCUGAAUUCCACCAGAGUGUUGUUUGAGAAGCUAAUGAACUCUCAGCAUUCCAUCCUGCUAGACCAGAUCUUAAAGAGCUUUGAAAGCUUUUUGAUUCCCCAGCUGUCCAGCUCCCCACCAGACGUUGAGGCAAUGAGAAUCUACCUGAUUCUCCCUGAAUUCCCCCUGUUUCAAGACUCGAAGCAUUACAUAACGUUAACGCUUCCUCUAGCGAUGGCCAUUCUGCGACUGGAUACCAACCCCAGCAAAGUAUUAGAUAACUGGUGGUCUCAAGUAUGCCCAAGGUAUUUCCUGAGGUUAGUGAACCUCUAUAAAGGCGCGGUAGUUUAUCUCCUGAAUGGAAGAAAAACAUUAUUGAUCCCUGUCCUGUUCAGUAGUUACAUUACAGCUGCUCUCAGACUGCUAGAGAAACUUCACAAGGUGAAUCUGAAAGUUAAACAUGUGGAAUAUGACACGUUUUAUAUCCCAGAGAUUUCCAACUUGGUGGACAUUCAAGAAGACUAUCUUAUGUGGUUCUUGCAUCAAGCAGGAAUGAAAGUAAGACCAUCUAUCAUGCAGGAUGCUGUAACACUCUGUUCUUAUCCUUUCAUCUUCAAUGCUCAAGCCAAGACCAAAAUGUUACAGACGGAUGCUGAACUACAGAUGCAGGUGGCGAUCAAUGGAGCGAAUUUGCAGAAUGUUUUCAUGCUUCUCACUCUGGAGCCUCUGCUGGCCAGAAGCCCUUUCCUAGUUCUUCACGUCCGCAGGAGCAACUUGGUUGGUGAUGCUUUGAGGGAGCUGAGCAUUCAUUCAGAUAUCGAUUUGAAAAAGCCUCUGAAAGUGAUCUUUGAUGGCGAGGAGGCUGUUGAUGCUGGAGGGGUCACAAAGGAAUUCUUUCUCUUGUUGCUAAAAGAACUCCUGAAUCCCAUCUAUGGAAUGUUCACCUACUACCCAGAAUCGAACCUGCUGUGGUUUUCAGAUACGUGUUUUGUAGAACACAACUGGUUUCACUUGAUCGGCAUAGUAUGUGGACUUGCUAUAUACAACUUCACUGUGGUAGACCUCCAUUUCCCAUUGGCGUUGUAUAAGAAGUUAUUGAAUGUGAAGCCCUGCUUGGAAGACUUAAAGGAGCUGUCCCCUACAGAAGGAAGGAGUCUUCAGCAGCUUUUAGAUUAUCCUGGGGAUGAUGUAGAAGAAACCUUCUGCCUGAACUUUACAAUAUGCAGAGAAAGCUAUGGCGUGACAGAGCAGAAGAAGCUAAUACCAGAAGGAGACAAAAUUACUGUGCAGAAGGACAACAGGCAGGAAUUUGUUGAGGCCUACUUGAAUUACGUCUUCAAUCUCUCAGUCCAUGAGUGGUAUAUCGCUUUCUCCACCGGCUUCCUGAAGGUGUGUGGUGGGAAGGUCCUGGAACUCUUCCAGCCCUCAGAGCUGAGGGCCAUGAUAGUAGGGAACAGCAACUACAACUGGGAGGAACUGGAAGAGUGUGCCAUCUACAAGGGGGACUACUCUGCAACACACCCAACAGUGAGAAUGUUCUGGGAAACCUUUCAUGAAUUUCCCAUGGAAAAGAAGAAGAAAUUUCUAUUGUUCCUGACCGGCAGCGACCGCAUCCCUAUCUAUGGCAUGUCAAGUUUACGUAUCAUCAUCCAAUCCACAUCGAGUGGGGAGCAGUACCUGCCCGUAGCUCACACCUGCUAUAACCUCCUCGACUUGCCCAAGUACAGCAGCAAGGAGACCCUGUGCGUGCGGCUUACACAAGCCAUCGACCACUACGAGGGUUUUAGUUUGGCCUGAUCGGCAAGAGACAGAAACAGACACAACAAAUGGAGCAGGUUUUAUUUUUGUACAGUGAUGGAUCAGAAUGUUUUUUAAAAAUAUUAGAAUGAAGGGACACACAGGCCCAGCAUGACACUGUCAACUCUUUCUGGGAUUUUAGCAGGGAGAACGUGUGCACUGAAGUCUCGAACUCAUCAAACAACAUCAGUUCAGCCUUGUUUUGGUUAGUUGUUUUUGUCACUGGCAGUUGCUUGCAAUUUUCUUCCCUCAUCCCCCAUUUUUUCUUUCAAUCAUCUUAAUUAUUUUGAUCUUUGCUGCUCCUGGCAUUUCUGGCAGUGGGUGAAAUGGUGAUUUCUUUUUAAACUAUCCACCUCUCCCUGCUUCACUCCUCUCCUCUCCUCCCCUCCAAAUGCAAGCUGGUUCUUGCUUGCAUAGAAUUUCUACAUCUCAUGCCCACUACCCUCCUCUCUGCAGGACAGUUGGGUACUGGGGUGGGGGCACUAUUGUGAUGCUUGUCUCCAACCCCACACUCAUUUUGUUUGCACAAGACUAUGGAUUCUCUGUUUUUGCUUUUGGUCUCAAAUUUUGCUCGUAUCUCCCUGCUUAGCCUUUUGAGAGGCCUUUCUUGGGGGCUAGGUCACUUCUUUUUGGUUCUGAGGCAGAACAAAAUUUAGAAAUUGUUUUCUCAAAUUGAACCUCUACCAAUAUAGAAGCGGAAUAUACAACUCUACAGUAGACUUAACCUAGUCCUAGUUCCUCUCCUCUAAGGCAAAUGAUCCUGAUCAAAUGUGAGAUGGCAGCUCCAAGAAAUCAGAAUCAAAUCAAAUCCACAGGCUUGUAUAUGUUUGGAGUCUGGGGGGGGGCGGGGGGAGGGAGUUUUUCAGUGCAACAUUUCUACUGUCUACUUGCCACUUUGUGUUACUAUUAAAUGCUGGGACUUAAAGGCAAUCUUUGUUAUGAAGCUUUUGUUGAGCACAUUUGAAAUGUACAUUAACACUUCUGGGUAGGUAAGAGGGUGAAUUAACCAUCCAUUUCUCAAAAGAUUAGCGAGCCUUCUUUUUUCCCCUCCAUGAUCAGUUAAAAUGGUGAACAAUCUCUCAUUUUCCAAGAAGCGGUGUAAAUCUGUUGGAGAAUGGACAUAUUUAUAGAACAUACACUAUUUACAUCCCAUGUUUGAUAUGUAGUACUGAGCUUGGCACCUCUCUAACAAAAGGUUGUAGGCAUGGGUUUUUUUUUCAAAUGCGGAUUGCUACAUUGGUAGCCUGUCAGCCUCUUUAUAACACAGCAUUAAAGACAAAUAUACAGCUAUAGCAAAUGUUUAUUUUCUAUGUGUGUGUGUACAUAGUUCGAUAUUAUGCAAUAAAUGUGAUGUUUAAUUC